GUACGCAUGCGCACUUAAGUAUGCUGCAUGCACAAAUAACGAAUCAGGCUUUAUAUACCGGGUACGUUACCAGCCGUUUGUCAUUGCAUAAACUUGGAUUAAAGAAGAAACAUGGUUGAAACUAAUACCUUCUUGUUUGCAUGCGCGCUGACCGCUCUUUUAUGUGCGGCGGGAACGAAUGCCCUGGAGUGUUACAGUUGUAGCAGUCUUUCCAACGGCAACUGUGCCGACGAGUUCUCGUCAAGCAACGUGGCAACAGAUACCGAGUGUACCGCUUGCUUAAAGAGCAAGGUUAAAGACGUUGUUACAAGAACCUGUGGGACUGGGCCAAGUGGCUGCACUGACGUAGAGUUCCUCGGCAUUAAAACUUCAACGUGUAUCUGUACCGAUGCUCUCUGCAAUGGUGGCAAUCACGUGACCAUAACCAUGGGAGCGAUGUUGCUCGGGACCGCUGUAGUGCUGCUGAAGGCCUUUUUUUAAAACACAAAUGCAGUUUUGAGAACUUUAAAAUACAACAUACUGAAUACAAAGAUUUGAUGCCGAAAAAGAUUGUACUCAAACUAUUAAUAACAUUUAUUUCUUCAACAUUGUUCAAACUAUACUUUUUUAUAAUAUGGUUGUAAAUAAAUUAUAUCAUCGAUACUUACCAAAAUAAAAUAUUUUUCAAAUUUU